ACGUUUGACAGGCUAAUGUCACUGUCAGUCACAGCUCGGCUGCUUGCGGGCCCCGCGGCCUUUGGUAAACACUCGAAGCCUGGGGCUAGAGCUGGGGUAGAGAACAACCAUGGAACCAGGGCGUCGCGUCCUGGAGGUGCUGCUGGACGCCGCGCCCGAAUGGAGAGAGGCCAGCGGCCUGUCACAGCCCAAAGCCGUCUGCGGUUACCAGGCGCUAUGUGGGCUCUGGCGACCGGGCGAGGCGGCGGAAGGUGGUUUGUGCUUCACCGGCCUGUGUCAGGACGCCGGCCGCUUCUGCCAGAGGACCGUGGCCGCUGCCACUGGGAAGUUCACUGACUUUGUUUGGGAAACAACUGAGAAUUUACAGACUUCACCCAACAGUGGACGUCUUCUUGCUGUCAAUAACCACAAUGAUUUGGGGAUCUACAAGUUCCAAGUCCAAGAUGGCAUCUGUGACGUUACCAACACUCACAGCUGCAGUGAAGAGGCACUCAAGAAGCUAGUUGAUAAGAAACACCUCAGUUUACCACCACCUUUUACUCUGAAGAUUUUGUCAUUUAAAAGCAGCACAUCCUUCAUACUGCUCGACAAUUGCACACUGCUUCACCUGUCUUGGUUGGAAGAUGCUGCUGAAGCAGAUAUUUUAGAUGCUUUUAAACUUUGUCUGCCUCCUGAAGUUCCAGAGAGGAUAACAGAUUGCCAGAUUUGCCAAGAAAUACUUUUUCUACUGGACACUGCAGGCUGCAUUUAUAUCUGUGAUACAGUGGAUGGCAAGCAGCUCGGGAAUGUUGAUCUUAAGCUCUGCCAGGCUGGAGUAUAUGAAGAGGAUGACGAACCCUGUGACUUAACCCACCUGAGCAGACUUGAUUUAUCGCCUGACUUGGAUGUUGCUGUUGCUGUAAACUGCUUCAACUGCGCUAUUUGCAUCAACUUGAACAGUUUUUUCAGGGAACAUCCUGAUCACCUACAGCGUGCCAGUAAAGAGUACAAUGAUGAAUCUUUGAGAGCGCCCGCUGGCAUUGAUGAGGAUGACCUUGCAAGUUCUCUGUACAGUGAUAAAGUGCUUAAUUUCCCAUUUCAAACAGAUAGAUCCUGGACAGCCCAAUUGAGAGCUUUCUACAACAAGACAAAGGUAUCACCGGAAGAAAAAUUCCUGACAAAGUAUUUCACUCCCUGGUAUAGUUAUAUCUCCGGUUGGAAAUCAAACGCUACACCCUGUCGUACCAGUUCUCGGCAAUCAAAUGGUUUUGGACACGAGGAGGGUCUAAACAGACAAGAAAUUAAAUGGUUCAGAAUCUUUCAGCUACAGGGGCUGAAGGAAUCCAUGAGUAUAGAGACGGUGUCAGUUUCUGGAUUCAGUGUUUUAUUCUCCCUAGUUGCUGCUGACUCUGAAGCAAUGACUAUUGCAUUCUGGGACUUGGAAACUGAAGGAGUGACGUACCAUCACAUAGAUGGCCAUUCCUUACCCGUAGAAGGAGGUGGCAAAGAUGAAUUAUGCCUGUUUCUCACAGAUGCUGGCCUUUCCAUGGUGGUGUUUGGUUUCUCGCAAGAAGACCUCCUGAAUCGCUUAAUGAUUUAUGGGAAAGCUGGCAUUGUCGAUUCGUUGUGCCACCUCAAUAAAUGGAAUCGAUGUUCAAUCCCCAUUCAUUCAUUGGAGGCUGGAAUUGAGAACAGACAGCUGGACAUGGUGGAUUUUUUCCUGAAGAGCAAAGAAAAUCUAUUUUACGCUCCAGCAGGAUUUUUAAAGCAGGAAAAUUCUGGAGCUGCGCUGGCAUCGUGCGAGCAGCUAAAGAAUGUUGAGGAAAUUAAGCCGGCUUUAGACUUGCUAAGCUCAGCUAUCAAGGAACACGAUUCUGAAACUCAGAGCAGGCAAUUCUCCGAGCAACUUCUGAGCCUGACAUUGACCUUCCUCAACAAACAAAUUCAGGAGCUUCUAAUGCAGCCAGGAGAGCUGGACGAGCACAAGCAAAAAUGCGUGCACUGUCUCACUGGUUAUAUUAUCAGGCUCCGUAAGUUUAUGAAGAAGUAUCCUCAGACGCCACCGAAAGAGAGCAUCACUGAUGGCUGUGAGGAUGGAGAGGGUGCAUUACCAGAUGAUAAUCAGGUUUAUGAAAAGUGGAAGAGUCUCAGUACUAAUGAGGUUAUCCGUGAUGCUAUACUGGGUAAUCAGAUUCCACGAGCUCAGGCGUAUUUCCGAGCCCAGCAGGAACCUGUGAAGAAUCUAAACGAACUCAUGCAAGUUGGUCUAACCCUGAUUUAUGAUUGCCUGUUGAAGAAGGACCUGCAGGAGGCUAAGAAACUUCUAAAGAAUAUGGGAUUUGAUGUGAAGAACGAGCUGCAUCGUAUCUGCUGCUUCACAGCUGAUCGAGAUCUUCGAGAUUUCCUGGUGGAAAGCCUGCAGGACUACUUAUCUGAUGAAGAGAAAGAGAUGAUAAAAUUUGUUCACUUCUUAGAGAAUCUAUAUUCCUCCUCUGCGCACACUGUGGAAUCUCCCUUAUCUAGCAGUUUAUUGCAGGUUGAAGAUAUUGAUCCCAAAUAUUCUGCUGUUCUGGAGCAAGUGCUGAGCUGUGAGGUUGGAGCUGGGGAACCAAGAAGCCCAAAUUCUUGUAUGGUCAUACUGGACUGGGCUAAAUGGUGGGAUAACAUUGCAAAGGAGCGAAUUUGUUUAUCUAGAAAACCAGAGACAGCAUUUCAGUCUUGCAGUCCUGAGGUACUGUGGACUUACCAUACUUCCAGACACAGCUGGGACAAAAUUUCGAACUGGAUUGAGGCCUUCCAGAGUGGCGAGCGUUCUGCAUCCUGGCCGACUCUAACAGCUGAGAUUGUGAAUCAGAACACGUACUGCAGUAGCUACAUGAGAAACGAGAUAUUAGACAAAUUAGCAAGAAAACAGGUGUUCAUCCCAUCAGAGCUUGCAGACUUUGGGCAGCUCUUGGCCAGGCUUAGUGGCACAGGGGGAGUGAUGCAAAACCCUCGGCUGGUUCCAGAGUAUCGGUCCAGUGAAGGACUUGAUUUCCAUGGCUGUUUCAUUCUCUACUGCCUCAAGCAUGAGCUGCACUAUCUCCUGUACACUUACUUGGAUUAUUAUGGGUUGAAGCCCUCUAACUGCCCUCUCCUCGAUGAUGGAGCUCUCCAUGUGGCCCAUCCUUGGUUCGAGUUUCUAAUGAGAAUAAGAGAAGUUGCUGACAAUCCAGCAGAUACCUCUGUGGCGUUCCAAGCAAGCCUGGCAAAUGCCCAAAUGCUGAUUCCCAGUAACCAAGCUAGUGUCAGCAGCAUGCUUCUGGAGGGGCAUACUCUGAUGGCAUUAGCCACCAUUAUGUUUGCCCCAGGAGGAAUUGAUCGGGUGAUGCAGAGAAAGGAAGAUGUUGGUGAUUCUCUCUGGAAGGUCGACCCCCAGUUACUGAAAAUGGCACUCUCACCGUAUCCCAGGCUACGUGCUGCUCUGUUUCCUCAGAUCACUCCUCACGGCAUUCCACCCCCUGACAUCUCUCUUUACCACCUUGUGCAGUCACUACACCCCUUUGACCCAUCUCGGCUCUUCGGCUGGCAGUCCGCCAACUUGCUCUCCACUUGUGACUUUUCAAAUGAUUUGCCUCACUUUUCUUGCCCUGAUUUGGUGAACAAGUAUGCCAUCACGGAAAGACUGGAUUUUUCCUAUUACCUGCAACAUGGACGCCCAUCGUAUGCUUUUGCAACUUUUCUCGUUCAGCAACUGGUGAAGAGCAGUUCACCCAAGCAGUUGAUUCAGCGAGUAAGUAUGGAAGCGCAUACCCUUGGAUUAGCCCACUUCACCGUACCCGCCGUGGCCGCAGCAUGCACUGCCUUUCUUGAACUGCUUGGUGCUGGCAGCUUUAAACUCAGAAUUGACCUCAAAGUGGCAAAUGUGAUUUUGAAACACUGGUGCACCAACACUGAUGAGACUCGACACAGCUCACUACAACAUACUUUAGCUGAGAAACUCCAGAACCUGGUUGUGGGGAAUAGAUCAUCGGCAGAAGAAUUACUAACACAUUUAGAGAAUGCCACUUGGGAGAUUAUACAAAGAAAAAAUAUAAAGAGGGUAUCUUUCGAAGCUGGUCAGGAGUGGUCACUGAUGGCCCAGUUCUGCAAGCUUCAUGGCAUCACGCUCAGUGUGGCCUACCUGCAGGCCUGUACACAGGAGGAUGACUGGCUACAGUUUAUGAUCUUUGCUCAACUUCACAACUACCAACCAGAAGAGGUAAAGGGAUUGCUGAAAGACUUCAGCCCCGUUCUUCAGGAACACCUGACUCUGGCCUUUCAGAAUUUGCAAUACGUUUCACAUGAAAAGCCGCCAGGUUGCACUGAGGUGAAGAAAGAGAGCGAGCCCACACGGGAUCUUUUUCAAGUCCUCUAUAAGUGCCAGGAGAGCACAAAUCCUUGGCGUUACCUUUUGAGUGAAGCAGUGCGGCAACACGCGCCAGUGUUGAGUGUCCUGGCUGCAUGUUUUCAGCAGGAAGCUGAUGUUCUUCAGUGUCUUUGUGUUUGGGUCGUGAUGUCCUCGGAUGACGUGACCUUCUCUGAAGCUACAAAACACAUGGAAGAUUCUGUGGAGUGUCACGAGUGGGAUCUCCAUGAUCUGUCACUCAUGUGGAAGGUGCUGUUGGGAAGAAGGAAAAGCAAAGAGCUUGUCCGAGGAUUUCAACUCUUCCAGAAGGACUGUCCCUGGCUUUACAUGUUAGAGAUGUAUGAACUGUGCACAGAACACAAACGUUACAAGGAAGCAAAGUUGAAAAUUCAGGAAUUCCAAAAAUGUCUCCAGUCUCUGAAGGCUGAAGAUUCAGGAGGCACCCAGAUUCCAGUGGAGUGGAUGGAGUCAGAGGCGAGUCUGCUUCUGAAGCUGAUGAUGCAACAGUGUCCAACGCAGUAUGAACUUGGCAAACUCUUCCGUUUACUGGCAGAUGUGGACUACUCCUUUGUAACAAGUGACAAAGGUUUCUGUCCAGAUUUCCAAAAGCUGAGCAGACUCGCUCAGCUCCUGCAGGAAACGUCCAUCUCCAUCGAUCACUCACUCUUUGAUGACUACAGUAUUGAAACUCUACAAUAUGUGUGCGGGAAAAUUCUGAACCAGUUGCAGAAAAAGGGACUCUUCGUUCUCGCGAGACAAGUGGUGGACCUUGCCGGUUUGUCAGUGGACAGUUUGCUUGUUGAGGAGGUAUCUCAGGAAUUACAAAACCUGAAACAACGUGGUCAGUGGCAAAGGAAAGAGACCAGAAUAAAUUUUUGGAAGAAGUGCCAUGAUUGUUUCAAAAAUAAUUUUAUCUCCAAUGUAGUUGCCUCUGAAUUCUUUCUGUGCCAGGCUACAGAUAAGUCCUUCACUAACUCACAGCCACCAUUACCCUUCAAAGAACAGCUCCUGGCUAUCCAGGAGAAGUGCCUGCUCCUGACCAUCGCAGGACACUGGCUGUCAGGCAGCACACCUCCAUUCCUAGAACAGCUGGAAGAAGUAGAGAAAAGGAUUUGGUUGUGUCGCAUCAGUCAGCAGACUUUGCUGAUGUCCACAGCUUCCAGAUUUGCUUGGCAGGUUUCAGUCUGUGGUGAACUUACCUUUGAAGAUGCCACCAAAGAGUUCCUCUUCUCAAAGCUGCCUGCCCUGAACUCGCCGAAAUAUCUCAAGCUGGAAGGAUUUCCAAACAAGGACAUGGCUUCCAACUGUAGACUUGAAGCAGUGGAGCAAGAAGCCCUUAGUAUUUUGAUUGGAAGUUUAUUAGAUGGAGGGUGCAUCCAUGAAGCCAGUAGAGUCUCCAGAUAUUUUGAAUUUUAUAACCAAGAUCUUUCACUAGUUCUCCAUUGCAGAGCUCUGGCCUCGGGGGAAGCACAAGCGGCUGAUCUCCACCCUGCUAUCAAAACCAUCUUGAGUGCAGGUGCUGCUUUGAACGGAGAGACGAGACACCCUCGAAAAAGGAUCUCAAGCAUGGGCAAUAUAAGUUCAUCAUCUGUUCUGAGUCUAGAAGACAACGUUGUUAAAGACCAGGUCGUUAAUGAUCUGCAGGUUCUCAUUGAUGAAUGCAGCCAUGGAAAGAGUUACUGCCACCAGGUUCUUAGCUUAUUCGAGCUCUCAAAGGAGCUUGGCUUUUCUUUCAAUGAUAUCUCAACACAAGAUUCCAACACGGUUCUGCGGAAAGUGUUAUCGUCACAGCAGCCUGACCGUUACAAAAAGGCGCGGGCAUUUAUUACCACACGAGGACUGAAGGCAGAGGCAGUGGCAGCUCUGGUAGCGGACGAAGUGGUCCAAGCAUUGCUGUCUUCAGCACAAUCCAAAGGACAAGAAGUGAUGCAGGUCUAUAACCCUCAUGAUGGGAAAGAGGCCUUUCUUCAACUGGCCAAACUGUGCCAAGAUCCAAUUCUUGUUGGCAUGAAGCUGCUGGAUAAAAUUUCAUCCAUUUCCGCGGGGGAACUGGACUGCACUGUGGAACUGCUGAUUCUGGCCCACAACUGCUUCAGCCUGACCUGCCACAUGGAGGGGAUCGGCAGAGUACUGCAGGCUGCCCGUCAUCUCAGCCACAAGCAUCUGGCUCCCAGUGAAGAGUACAGCCUCAUGGUACGGCUUAUCACAGGCAUCGGACGAUACAAUGAUAUGACCUACAUAUUCGACCUGCUCCAUGAGAAUCACCGGUUUGAGAUGCUGUUGAGGAAGAACGUCGUCUCGAAUGGAGGCCUGAAGGCGGCUCUGUUGGACUACAUCAAACGCUGCCUGCCUGGCGACAGUGAGAAGCACAACAUGGUGGCCUUCUGCUUCAGCAUGUGUCGUGAGAUUGGAGAGAACCAUGAAAGUGCAGCCCGGGUCCAGCUGAAGCUCAUUGAGUCGCAGCCCUGGGAGGUAACGCCGGAGUUGAAGAAAUCUUUGGCGAAGAUUCUGUCUUUUCUCAAAGAUGCUGCUGAGAGUUAUUCAAAGGAUUCGUGUAUCCGCCGUGCCGCUCAAUGUGUGAAACUGGCCAAACUGGUGACCCUGCAGCUCCACUUUGUAAACAACAACCAGAAUGUGCAGUUAAUUAAUCGGCAGAGAAAUGAUUUGAUGACUUGCAUCCUUUCCUUACCAAGGUUCUAUCAGGCUUCUAUACUUGCGGAGGCAUACGACUUUAUCCCUGAUUGGGCAGAGGUUCUGUAUCAGCAUGUGAUUGUCUCUGGCGAUUUUGCCUACCUGGAGGAGUUUAAGCAACAGCACCAGCUACAGCCCAGCCUGUUUGAAGAGAUUUCUACCAAAUUUAAACAACAUAAGGGAGAUGCCGGAGCAAGUCAGAACCUAAAGCGGUUACUUCAGUACUGUGAGGAUGUCUACCUGUUUUACAAAAUGGCUUACGAGCACAAUUUCACAGAUGUAGCAAACAAGCUUCUUAAAGAACCCCAGACGAGAUGUUAUCUGAAAGACAGCAUUGCCAGCUAGCUAUUUGUACUCUUAAACGUUUGUGUUGAAGCUCAAUACAUAUAAAAAAAAUCUGUUCAGAUUGUAAAAAAUGUAAUUAUGUAUAUAGGUUUGGCUUUCACUAUUUCUCAGUGGAUGUUUAGUGAGGACCCAGUGUAUAAUAAGUAAAGCUGCUACUAGAAACAGCAGUUGAGCAAAGUGCAGUACAGGCUGGGUUUCUCAGUGGUAUUAAAGUGACUACCAUGCAUUUAACCUUAAACAAUUGUGAAUUUAAGUCCAAGCCAGAACAUGACACUAGCACCAAAUACAGUGGGUGAAACCAAAAAUAUGAAUAAAACACUGUAUUCUUUCUAACAUUCUCUGUUGUGCACCUCAUUUCACUGGUUUGCACCAUCUCAGGCUAUGAACAAUUGCACAGAAUACCUAGAAAUGGCAUCUCCCAGCUUCCAGCAUUUGGCCACAUUUCAGAAUGUGUGCGUUAAGUUUAGUUGUCUGCAUGGCAAAAUACAAACUUCACACAUUAGUACCAUCUCACCUACACAUAUCUAGGCAGGCACAAUGCAUGAUUUCAUGGGGAUUGAAUCAUCUGCUAAAAAAUGGAGGUUCAGGUGCACCAAUGAAAGUUGAUGAGCAAAAGGUAGACCUGCAGGGGGAAGUUUGUGCAACAGUGCUGCCAAAAUUAUCCACAGUUGAUAACCACUCAGGUGAGUGAAGGGUCAAGUAUGCCUGCUGGUAUCAGCAGUUCAAUAUGAAACCUUGAAGAAACGUGUUUCAAUCUGCAUUGUCACCAUGUGUCCUCCUAGAGGUAAAUAAUUUGCAGUUAAAAACCCAGAUAUCAGGCACAACUAUUUGAAU